UUCUGCUCACCGUUUGUUGUUACUGCGUACGGAUGUCGGAUCCUGUUCAGUGCCUGAGAACUCAGUAGUUAGGUUGGUUCGGCGUCACUGUGCUGUUUUCCUUCUGCCUCAUUUCAAAUCAAGACUGAAGCUGCAGGCUGAAACUCGCCAGACUGAAGACAAGAAGAAAAUCCAUUUAUCACCACUGGUUGCCUCCCAGUCAUCUCCACCAUGAAGACCCUGAGUUUGUCUUGGUUUGGAUUCACCAUGUUGACUUUGGUCCAUGCAGCCUCCAUUCCAGACCCAGACUAUCCUUUUGGUCCAACAGGAGACGCUCCGUUCGCUGACUAUCCUGAUCAGCCACCAACCGAGGACGCUCCGUUCGUUGACUAUCCUGAUCAGCCACCAACCGAGGACGAUCUGUUCGCUAUCUAUGGUGAUCACCCACCAACUGAGGAUAGAGACUAUCACUUGGACUUCACUUGCCCUGAUGGAUGGACGAUGCACAGCACUCAGUGCCUCCUCUUCGUUCCCCAGAAUAUGACCUGGAAAGACGCUAAGGAAAACUGUGCAUCCAAACAUGAAGGUUCACUCGCUGCUGUAUAUAAUGACAUACAAGCUCAAGAGAUUUACAAGGAGAUGGAAAGUGUUGGACAUCAUGGCGGACAAGUGUGGGUUGGAGGCAGCAAAACAUCAAAGGAUUCUUCUUGGUCCUGGGAGAAUUCUGUUUCCCCUGACUUUGCUAAGUUUUGCGAUGAGCAAAGUUCAAAGGAUGAGAACAACUGUCUGCAGCUCUCCUUUGGUGAUGACGACUCUGGAUGCCUGAGUGGCACCAAAUGUGACGCUGGGCUCCCAUCUGUCUGUGCGAUCCUCCUCUACUAGCUGACAUGAAUCCUCAGCAGAUACGAGUUAACAUGCCUGUUGGCCACCAGUCAUUUCCUUAAAUGUUUCUGCUCUGUUGCUUUAAUAUCACAAAAUCUGACCAAAAAUGUACAAUAUACUCAGUUUAGUCCCUAUAGGCACAGAUGCCUUCUGAUUGUAAUGCAAGAGAAAUCAACCUGUCCUUUCUAAUAACUUUCCAAAUAAAAUCUUUAGCAUUGAUAAAAAAA